UUUUGCACACUCCUAUAAGGAAAAAGGGGUGUAUCUACUGACUGUAUGCAUGGCUUAUGGCUGCUGAAGAUAAAACAUUAACAAUAGUUUGACUGUGUGUGAUCUAGCUAAUCUAGCUGUGCUGUACUGACAGAAAUGAAGAGUUUGGGACUUCUCUCGAAAAAUACCAAUAAUCUUCCUUCAAGUAAGCUAAAUCAAGAUAUCCUUAAUUCUCAGACUAAUGAGAAAAAUGGUGCCAGCAAAGAUAACAAUGACACAAGAAAAAAUAUUGAACUAAAAGACUUUUUUUGGGACCAGUUCCUCAUCUACGUAUCUACUGGAAUUGCGUUACUAACGGUCCUAGAUGCUAGUAUCCAGUUUUUCCGAUCUAGUGGUCUUCAGUGCUACAUACCCAUGGAUGUUCUCCCUCAGGAGUUUACUAGAGACAAUGCAGCUUUUGUUAACACCUUCUGUCUCAGUAGUCUCUCUUGGAGUGAGUAUUACACUGUGUUCAUUCUCAUUCAAGGAAUUAUUGUAGUUGCCCCUCACUAUCUGUGGUCAUCUGUCUUCAGUGGAAGGUUCGAUUUUUUUGUGGAUUUGGUGAAACAAAUUGAUCGGCUUAGAGAUAGCGAUACCGGUGAUUUCAGACCAAAGAAUAUCGAUAUUGUUAAAAAAUUAGAACAAGAGUUCCCUGAAAAAUGGAAGUGGAUGGGAAUAUUUGUACUGUAUAUCGUCAAACUUUUGGCUCAGUUUCUAGUUAUUGUAGUUUCACUCGUCGUCAAUAUUUUGGUUUUUCCUGAAGAGAGUUUUGCUUUUGUUUUUCCCUGUCCACGUGACUUCAAUGGUUCUACUGAUCAGGUUGAAGGGUGGUUGUUUCCCAUAGCUGUAUCUUGCUCUUACCCUUCAUUUAGAGUGCUCUCAAAAAUCCAAAUUGCCAACUACGUUCUCCUUGUGUUAGCGCUUGGCUCAGUUGUAUAUGGUAUUCUGUGGUGCUUUAAGAGGCAUUCGAGUAGCUUGGGCUACAAAGAUGUUGCAAAAUUUGCCUUCUCUGCUUGUCUGGCUCCGGAGGAGUAUGUGUGUGAAUCGCUAUUGAAGAAUCCCUUCCAUUCAAGAAUUAGGAAUGAUCUUGACUUUCUUGUGAUGAGGCUAUUCAGAGCCGAUUCUGGUCAUGGACGUGUUUUUAAAGACAUUCAAGUUAGCAAAGAGAUCAAGAAUCAAAUAACUGAAGAUCAUGUGAAACUUCAUCUCUUGCAUGAUGCCAUUAAAGACAAUUUAAGAAACAAGAGAACAGGAGGAACGUCUCCUCGAGACGAGGAUAUCAGAGAGAUAUUUUUUAAAUCAGAUAUUCCGGAGUUAAAAAUUCACCAAGGUACUUUGGGAGAAAAACGUCUUGGCAACAUAAAGUUUAAACCAGUUGGUGGUCUUCGCAACCAACUUUUCCGAUUUUUCCAGUUUUCCCCAGCCAAGGAAAUGGCAUACGACAUCUCAUUUGGUACCGUUGGGUGUGCCCUUAUUCUGGCCAGAGGAUUCGAACAGGUAGUCUCUGUGAACUCCACCCGUUCUAUCGCAAUGUUAAAGAGGUGGUAAAGAAAGAAGUGUUUCAAGUCAAGUACAGCAUUGUCACUGUCCAGCAGGACAUCUUUGCUCAGAAAACAGAGAACCUGAGAAUGACGGACGAAGCUAUCGAUGAUGAGUUAAAUUUCCGUGAUCCGGAGACACGUGCUGUAUUGGAAACGAAGCAAAUCAACUUCAUUGUUGUUGGACCAUUUGUACAAGAAGCCACUAAAGGAACUG